CAGCUACAACGUGUCUCUCCAGGAAGAUUCCACAAUGAAAACAACAACCCAAACUUGCUUUUUACUGAUCAUCCUUCUAAUUAGAAUGGUUCCAAGUCUUUCUUCUACUGUAAAUUAUACUGAUCCUACAUUAGAGCCUGUAGUAACUGAAAAUUCAGUCAUACGACAGAAGAUAAUAGAUUCACAGUUCAAAUGCUAUGAGAGGAUGAACAGAGCUCCUCCAUAUAGGAAAAAAGGUUUGUUCUGCAACCGAACGUGGGAUGGCUGGUUGUGCUGGGAUGACACCCCUGCUGGAAGAAUCACUGCUCAGAAUUGUCCGGAUUACUUUCCAGACUUUGAUCCAACUGAGAGGGCUUCAAAAUACUGUGAUGAAACUGGAAACUGGUUCCGUCAUCCUGAGAGCAACCGAACUUGGUCCAACUAUACCCUGUGCAACUCUUUCACCUCUGAAAAAUUGAAGAUGGCGUUCAUACUUUAUUAUAUGGCGAUCGUUGGCCAUGCUUUGUCUAUAACAUCCCUGUUGAUUUCCUUGGCAAUUUUCUUCUAUUUCAAGAGCCUCAGCUGUCAAAGGAUAACACUGCAUAAGAAUUUGUUUUUUUCUUAUGUGCUGAACUCCGUGUUUACAAUUGCCCACCUCAUUGCUGUUGUGCCUAACCCAGGCCUUGUAAAAAGGGAUCCUGUAAGCUGCAAAGUGCUGCAAUUCUUUCAUCAGUACAUGUUGGGCUGCAACUACUUCUGGAUGCUCUGUGAAGGGAUUUAUCUUCAUACAUUGAUUGUCGUGGCAGUGUUUGCUGAAGAGCAGCGUUUGCACUGGUAUUACCUAUUGGGCUGGGGGUUCCCUUUAGUGCCAGCAUCUAUUCAUGCUGUUGCAAGAGCCAGAUACUUCAAUGACAAUUGCUGGAUGAGUGUUGACACACACUUGCUAUAUAUUGUUCAUGGACCUGUAAUGGCAGCUUUACUGGUCAAUUUUUUCUUUUUGCUUAACAUUGUCCGAGUUUUGGUGACAAAGCUAAGAGAUACCCACCGUGCUGAGUCCAACAUGUAUAUGAAGGCUGUCAGAGCCACUUUAAUCCUGGUGCCCUUACUAGGAAUUCAGUUUGUUAUUAUUCCCUGGAGACCAGAAAACCGACUUGCUGGAGAAAUAUAUGAUUACAUCAUGCAUAUAUUAAUGCAUUACCAGGGUUUACUUGUGGCAACUAUAUUCUGCUUCUUCAAUGGUGAGGUACAAGGAGCUUUGAAGAGGCAGUGGACACAGUACAAAACCCAGUGGGGCCAAAGGCGCCGAGAGCACUGUUCCACACGAUCUACCUCCUACACUGCAACAUCAAUCACAGAGGUCCCUGUUUACCUGUACCAUCAUGAUUCCAACAAUGAACAGUUAAAUGGAAGAUAUGUAGAGGACUCUGAACUUGUUGCAUUAAAAUCUGGAGAGACAGCUGCCUAGCUCAGCAACAGCCAUUGCAAAUACAUCAUUUCACAUUCUGCUUGUGAACAAAGUGGGGAGAAGGGUGGGAGUGUGGAAAUCCAAGCCACUGUGGGAGAGGGCAAGACCAGGUAUAAGGACACGUCAUAUUCAGACCACAUCAGCAUCUGAAAGUGAUGGUGUAGAGGGAGUCUACAUGGAAAUAGCAUUUCUUCCUGUGUGCUGCAGCAGAGGUGAACGUGGACCUGCCCACCAGGCUAUGUCAUCUCCACAUCUCCUGAUACCAGCUGCAUGAAGUGACCAUCCAACAGUAGUCAUAGUGUCAGGUAGCCCAUAGCAAAUAGGAAAGAGAAAACCAGUACAUUGCAAUUGGAAACUCCCAGCACUUUUUGCUUUCAGUAUUUUUCUUUAACACUAGAUUUUGAGCUAUCAAGUUUCACAAAAUAUAACUGGCUUGGAGUCCGUUUUAAUGAGCUUGAUGACUUCUUUAAAAAUUUUGCACAAGUCAAACAGAUUAACAGAAAAAGAGUCACUCCAAAGUAUUCCAAUCUUGGUAAUCUCCAAAGGAUAGCCCAAAAUAUUGCCUGAAACAAAUUAAGGUAAAAUAGUAAUUGUAUACCAGCAUCACAACUUCCUCAGAGAAACAGACUGGUUCUUUAGGCUGCAUCACACAAGUCCUGAAGGCAUCUUACAAAGAAUAUUUAUUUAUAGGAAAAAUUAUCACCCUAUUACUCUGCCCAGAACCUCAUCAUUAAGGCAUAAUUCUUUCACUGAAUUAACUUUGAAAUUUGUUUGGAAAUUAUGGUUUUCUUUAAUAGCCAUUCUGAGAUGAGUGCUAGAUGAAUACUUACCUCUGUAAUAGAGUUAUGAUCACUGCAGUAAAGAAUCCCAGGUAAGAAAUGAGAAACUAAUGUCUUGGCACAAGAAGCAUCUAUUUUUAGAAUCUAGUUGCUGCUCUGAGUCCCUAAUUGUUAAAGGUGAUGAUUUCAUGUGUGAAUCUGUCAUCAGGAAAACAUGAUGAAUGUACAGUUUUGUGAGUAAUAAGCACCUUUUAUCACACAUUCAAAGCAUCGUUAGAGUCUCUGGGUGAUUACUGAGGCAGAAAUCAGGUCAGGGAGAAGCUGAUUUGCAGUUAGAAGUUACAGUACUGUCACUGCGAAAGUUCUGCAAAUCUCAAAAGAAAUAAAAUAGAUUAAUUUCCCAUAUGAAGCUAAUUCUAAAGAAUCUGCAAGCAGCAAGGCUAGUGCCAAGGAAAUUUUGCAGGGCUGUGACUCCUGUGGAGUUUUUGCAUAAAAUGUGUGAUGAACAUAAUGUAAUUCCUUCUUGCAUCUCUGGAAAACUGCCCUACAGAUUUCCCACUCCUUUGCCUUUGGCUGAGAUGUGCAUGGGAUGUCUCAAGUGCUAACAACUUCACAAUACUCAUCACAGUCCUUAACUUUGAAGGAAGCUGGAAAGUUAUCAGUUCCCAUUUGUUUUCUGGGCUGAUACACUUACACCUGAUGUUUCCAACUCCAACCCAAGCAGGAAGACAUGGUCAGAGAAAGAGGCAGCUGCAAGUGCUAGUGGAGACACUUGCUCAUCUCAAUUGUCUUAUUACCAGCCCUGGCCUGGGAGUUGUAAAAAUGCUGCCUUCCGUGACAGGUGAAUGGGGUGAGACAGAAUGGCAUCCUUUAUGCUGCAGUGGCAUUCAUGUGCUUCUGCUGCUGCUGCUGUAAAUCUUCCCCCUUUCCUUCAUUUGAUUGCUGCAAUUCCAGCCAAUUAUUUUUCUCCUUAGUGCUGCAUAAGUUACUUAAAAUAUCAUGGGUUAGAAUAGUCUUAAAUCCACAUCUUGUCAGAUGGUAAAGGAGAAGCAAAAAAUUAAAUAAGGGACUUGAGCUAAAUGUCAGUUCUUUUGAGGUAAAUUUGGAGGUUACAGACAGAGUCCCUAAUCCUGCACAAAUGUUGAGGAAAGGCUGCAGGACAGUCUGUAUGCCACAAGGUAAAGCACACUUUAGAGUCCAAUAGGAAGGAAGAUCAUAAAUUGUUAUUGCCAUAAACUUUGAUAAUCUAUUUCAGAUUCUAUUGAAAUUAGCAGACACAUCCGUGUUGGCUCAGAUGAGUGGUGAACAACUGCCUUCAGUGUUCAGGUAAAAUUUACAAAAUACAUUUUGGUGUAGACCUUGAAAACAGGAGGCAAUUUCAUCCUUGGCUAUUUGAAACCGUUUUUAAAGAUUGUGUUCAUCUGAGCUUAAUUUUUCCUUCAACUGACACAGCAAAACCCUGAGCUUUACCUUUCAUUUGUAAAUUUUAAAUGGAGAUCCACUGUACAUGUCUACCUACAUGAGUUGACAUCUCACUGGAAAAGUCACUUCCAGGAAUGAGCUUGUGAUGUAAACCCAGCACUACAAGAGAGGACCAAAUUCCCACUGUCCAUAUGUGAGGCAGUGCCUCGCAGGGAAGGGGUUUGCUCUGUUUGUGCCACCAGCACAUGCAUAUACCCACUGUGCACCACUGAAGCUUCCUCCCCACUGGGAGGAGUGAGCUGCUGGUGCUGCCACUGUAGAACAAGAGAGGAGCCAGGGAACAAGAACUAACCGUCUGCUGACAGUGUGGUUCAUCACAUGGAUAAUCUAGUGGAACAUUUGCAGGAAAAUACAAUCCCAUGCAUUAGUUCAAGCCACAUACCUAUUUUUCAGACUUCAAGGAAUACAAAGGCAGUUAUUUUUUCAGACAACAGUAUUUCAUGUAUUGUUAUUUGUACUUCUACCAGUGAACAAUGGGAAGUAGAGGAUUUAGUCAUUAAAGAUGUUAAAGUGUCUCCGCUAUGAAUGCUGUGUUUCUAAAUAGCUUUGGGGCACACCACAUUUCCCCAGAGAGCUCCAGAAGGCAUUCCCAAUUUCUAAAGACAUAGAUGAGCUAAUUGUAAAAGAAGUGUGCAUAAUACAGAGUUUAAUAAUGAACAUGUUGGUUUUAAUAUUGUAUAUAUUUACAACAUGCAAGUGCAAGUUGUUUUACAGUCUAUUAUGUUCAUGUGGAUGUACAAAAUGGAAAUGCUUUGCCAUUAGAGUGGUUGUUUUCUUUUUUCCACUAAUGAUAUU